ACAGCCAAAUGGAACAUAGGUGAAUUUUGUGAACAGAAAAGGCUCAUCACUCCACUGGUUCUUCCAGUGAAGCAAGUUGCCUUCCUCCAUGCUGUGUUGAGGAAACACAGGCUGCCCCAGUAACUGAGGCCUUCCUUGUCUAUGGUGUUCAGACUACAUUUUCUGGGAAACUACCAUGGGAAGGAAAAUUGCAUCUCCCCUCUCCUCCUCCUCUCCUAUCCCUGGAAAGCAUAUUCUGUUGUUUGUGAAAGGGCUGCUUUCAUGGGUAACUCACGCCACAUUGUGUUCUUGAGGCUUCCAGAAGACAUCCUAUAAAUCCAGCCAGAUGAGGUCCUAUAUUACGUGAGAUACUUAGCACAGGCCACCACUGAGAAUCGGCAGAUAGGCAGCCAGCUGCACGUCCUAUAUUGAAAUGCAGUUGUUCAGGUUACUACAGCAUUGCUUUGAGGAUAUGUAGUUUAUAGAAAAAGACGUCAACUUUCUUCGCCCCGCAAACAGCAGUCCCCAGCAACCUACAGUGUGCUCAUUCUCAUGGGUCAAAAGGCUUGGAUAGAGAAGACCUUUUCAAAAAGAGAAUGCAUCUAUGUAAUUGCUAACAACAAAGACAUUAGCAGGUGCUGCUGUGGCCAGCUCAUUAAUCAACAUAUUCCACCUCCUCCAAGUAUAACAGCGAAUAAAAAUGGAGAAGAAACAAAGCAAGUGGAAGCUCAGCCAGAGAAAUGGUCUGUCAGUAAACACACCCAAACAUACCCAACUGAUGCCUAUGGAAACCUUGAAUUCCAGGGAGGAGGACAUUCAAAUAAGGCCAUGUAUAUCCGCGUGUCAUAUGACACUAAACCAGAUUCUCUGCUGCAUCUCAUGGUGAAAGACUGGCAACUGGAACUGCCCAAACUCUUAAUCUCUGUCCAUGGAGGCCUCCAGAACUUUGAAAUGCAACCUAAAUUAAAGCAAGUGUUUGGAAAAGGUCUGAUAAAGGCUGCCAUGACCACAGGCGCUUGGAUUUUCACUGGAGGUGUUAGUACAGGUGUCAUUCGUCAUGUGGGAGAUGCCUUGAAAGAUCAUUCUUCCAAAUCCAGAGGACGAAUAUGUGCCAUAGGAAUUGCACCGUGGGGCAUUGUAGAAAACAAGGAAGAUCUGAUAGGAAAAGAUGUAACACGGGUUUACCAAACAAUGUCAAACCCUCUAAGUAAGCUCUCUGUGCUCAACAGUUCCCAUACCCACUUCAUUCUGGCAGACAAUGGUACGCUAGGUAAAUAUGGAGCUGAAGUAAAGUUACGACGUCAGUUGGAAAAACACAUUUCCCUCCAGAAAAUUAACACACGGCUAGGACAAGGUGUUCCUGUAGUUGGGCUCAUAGUGGAAGGGGGUCCCAACGUGAUCUCCAUCGUCUUAGAGUGUCUACGAGAAGAACCCCCUCUCCCUGUUGUGAUAUGUGAUGGUAGCGGACGAGCAUCAGAUAUUCUGUCAUUUGCACACAAGUAUUCAGAAGAAGGAGGGAUAAUAAGUGAAUCCCUUAGGGACCAGCUUCUAGUUACCAUCCAGAAAACCUUUAACUACAACAGGAAUCAAGCUCAUCAACUGUUCAUCAUUCUUAUGGAGUGCAUGAAAAAAAAAGAACUUAUUACUGUGUUCCGCAUGGGAUCUGAAGGGCAGCAGGACAUUGAGAUGUCUAUCUUAACUGCUCUCCUCAAAGGUACCAAUGCAUCUGCUCCAGACCAGCUCAGCUUGGCUUUGGCCUGGAAUCGUGUAGACAUUGCACGCAGCCAAAUCUUUGUCUUUGGACACCACUGGCCACCUUUAGGAAGCCUUACAGCUCCUGAUGGUACAGCUCCUGAGAAGGAAAAGAAAUCUCCAGCAGCUCAGACUAAAGCAGCCAGAGGGAAAGGAAAAGGGAAGAAAAAGGGAGGAAAAGGAAAAGAAGAGCCGGAAGAAGAAACAGACCCAAGAAAGCUUGAACUCCUGAACUGGGUGAAUUCCCUGGAGCAGGCUAUGCUGGAUGCACUGGUUCUGGAUCGAGUGGACUUUGUGAAACUACUUAUUGAGAAUGGAGUGAACAUGCAGCACUUCCUCACUAUCCCUCGACUGGAAGAACUUUAUAAUACUAGAUUGGGUCCACCAAAUACGCUGCAUUUGCUGGUCAGAGAUGUGAAAAAGGGAAAUCUUCCACCAGAUUAUCAUAUCAGCCUAAUAGAUAUUGGUCUUGUACUUGAAUAUCUCAUGGGUGGAGCUUAUCGCUGCAACUAUACUCGAAAAAGUUUUCGGACUCUUUAUAAUAAUUUAUUUGGACCAAAAAGGCCAAAAGCUCUUAAACUACUAGGAAUGGAGGAUGAUGAGCCUCCCACCAAAGGGAAGAAGAAGAAGAAGAAAAAGGAGGAAGAGAUUGAUAUUGAUGUGGAUGACCCAGAAGUCAGCCGCUUUCAGUAUCCCUUUCAUGAACUGAUGGUAUGGGCUGUGCUGAUGAAACGGCAAAAGAUGGCACUCUUCCUUUGGCAGCGAGGGGAGGAAACCAUGGCCAAGGCACUUGUGGCCUGUAAACUGUACAAGUCUAUGGCCCAUGAGUCUUCUGAGAGUGAGCUGGUGGACGACAUCUCUCAGGAUCUGGACAACAACUCAAAAGAUUUUGGCCAGCUGGCUGUUGAACUCUUGGAUCAGUCCUAUAAACAUGAUGAGCAGAUUGCCAUGAAACUACUGACCUACGAACUGAAAAACUGGAGUAAUUCUACCUGCCUGAAAUUGGCUGUGGCAGCUAAACACAGGGACUUCAUUGCUCACACGUGCAGCCAGAUGCUCUUAACAGAUAUGUGGAUGGGGCGACUACGCAUGCGGAAAAACCCAGGCCUUAAGGUUAUAAUGGGGAUUCUCUUUCCUCCCACCAUCCUUUUCCUAGAGUUUCGGAGUUAUGAUGAUUAUUCUUACCAGACAUCAAGAGAAAAUGAGGAAGGCAGAGAAAAGGAGGAGGAAAAUGUGGAUGCAAAUGUGGAUACAGGCUCCCGAAAAGGAGAUGAAGAGAAUGGAAAUAAAAAACAAAAGAGCCUUCCAAUUGGAACAAAAAUCUAUGAAUUCUAUAAUGCGCCUAUUGUCAAAUUUUGGUUCUACACAAUAUCAUAUCUCGGUUACUUGAUGCUAUUUAAUUAUAUCAUCUUGGUGCGGAUGGAACGGUGGCCAUCAGUCCAGGAAUGGAUUGUCAUCUCCUACAUUGUGACGUUGGCUUUAGAGAAAGUGAGAGAGAUUCUGAUGUCAGAGCCUGGCAAGCUGAGCCAAAAAGUGAAAGUUUGGCUCCAGGAAUACUGGAAUAUUACUGACCUGGUGGCUAUUUCAGUAUUUAUGAUAGGAGCAAUUCUUCGCCUACAGAACCAGCCUUACAUGGGUUAUGGAAGAGUGAUUUACUGCGUAGACAUAAUUUUCUGGUACAUUAGAGUACUAGAUAUCUUUGGUGUGAACAAAUAUCUGGGACCUUACGUCAUGAUGAUUGGAAAGAUGAUGAUUGACAUGCUCUACUUUGUGGUCAUCAUGCUUGUGGUUCUGAUGAGUUUUGGAGUAGCCCGCCAAGCUAUCCUGCACCCAGAUGAGGAGCCUUCUUGGAGACUAGCUCGCAACAUCUUCUAUAUGCCCUACUGGAUGAUCUACGGAGAGGUGUUCGCAGACCAGAUAGACCUCUACGCCAUGGAAAUUAAUCCUCCUUGUGGGGACAAUCUUUACGAUGAUGAUGGUAAACGCCUCCCUCCAUGUAUACCAGGGGCCUGGCUCACUCCUGCUAUUAUGGCCUGUUACCUCUUGGUAGCAAAUAUCCUGUUGGUAAACCUGCUGAUUGCUGUCUUCAACAAUACCUUCUUUGAGGUAAAAUCAAUAUCCAACCAAGUCUGGAAGUUCCAGCGGUACCAGCUGAUAAUGACAUUCCAUGACAGACCUGUCCUCCCACCGCCGAUGAUUAUCUUCAGUCACAUCUACAUAAUCAUCAAGCGAAUCUGCUGUCGCUGCAAGAAGGGCGAAGGAGAUCAGGAUGAGCGUGACAGGGGACUGAAGUUAUUUCUGAAUGAUGAAGAGCUAAAAAAACUGUAUGAGUUUGAAGAGCAGUGUGUAGAAGAAUACUUCCAGGAAAAAGAGGAUGAGCAGCAAUCAUCUAAUGAUGAACGCAUCAGAGUAACCUCUGAAAGAGUUGAAAAUAUGUCUAUGCGGCUUGAAGAAGUGAAUGAAAGAGAACAUUUCAUGAAAGCUUCUCUUCAAACAGUCGACCUUCGACUCUCUCAGUUGGAAGAACUAUCUGGUCGGAUGGUGAAUGCUCUUGAGAAGCUGGCAGGUAUUGACAAAUCUGAGCUGACAUAUACACGUUCACGGGCUUCGUCUGAGUGUGAUGCUGCAUAUCUCCUAAGGCAAAGCAGCAUUAACAGCUCUGAUGGCUACAGCAUGUACAGAUACCAUGUCGGUGGUGAUGAGUUAACAUACGAUGACACUGCCACUCCUAUGUCACCAGCCAUGGGAUUGCGUAAAAAAGCCCAUUCUAUUGGUACCAAAGAAGAUGGAGCAGACCCACGGAUGCUGGUUCCAGAACACCACACCAGCCUCCAUUAUACUUCUAGUGCUAAUGCAGUCACCGCAGCAGAUUACAGUAAAUCUACAUUAGAAAUUGCACAGAAUGUUUCCAGACCCCAUUCUGGUUCAGGUGGGUUUGGUGAUGAAAAGCAGGGGAUUUUCAAGAGUGAUGGAAUGGUUCCUCGAAGUAUAAACCAGAUGGAUGCUGUUAAGAACAGACAAUCAGUACCAAGAUCAGAUUUUCAGAACACUCAGUUAAAAGUAGAACGUACCAAGUUAGAAGCAACCAUCUCUUAUCCCUUGGACAAAUCUAAAGCAAUGCGGUAUUUUCCUCCUGAAACAUUCAGUGCUUGUCAAACCACUAUGAUGAAGUCAAGGAGCUUUAUAUUUGCACAGGGUGGGAAGCUGGUUGGAGGAGUUAACAACUGGACCACAGAGUAUAGUACCAUCAUGGAUCAGGUGUGCCCUUCUACAAUUGAACAGUGGGCCACAGAGUGGAAAUAUGAAGUUGAACAGCAACUUUCUCAAGAACGUCCUCCAGAAUAUCCUGGUUUUACCUCUGACGCAGAAAGGCAAGCAGAGCGGAAACAGUUACAGGCAGACACAGACGAUGACAGUGAUGUUGGUGAAGCAGGUAUGAGUGCCUCUUACACCUCUAUGCCUGCCACUGCAAAGGCUGAGAAAGAGAAUUUACUAUCAGUAAAGCCAGAAAGGACUUCUGGGUUCCCAUCAGUACGAUCAAAGAGUUUGCACAGCCAUUCUCGGAAAGCCAAGUCUGUAAAGGACAAAUUAAAUAGACCAGGACAUGCCAGCAGCGUAACUAAUUUGGUAGUAGCAUUUGGCAGCGCAACAGAAGAACAGAAAGCUAAGCAAGAAAGUGCAUCCACGGAAACUGAAUGUUAAAGUGGCUUAUGACCCCUUUUAUUGACAGUCAAGAAAGCAGCAUGACUAAUUGAACAAAUUAUGGAUUUUUAAAUUAAUUUCUAAAGAAGAAUUUUGCAUAUAUUUGUUUCUUUUAAUUGUAAACUUAAUGGAUAUAUGUUCUGUUCUUAAAUGCUUGCUGGGUCAGGUGAAAGGGAGAUGUUCUUUCAGAGGCAGAUAAAAAGUAGGCAUAGUCCACAGAUGCCCAUGGUAUAGAUCUUUCUUUGUUCCAUUUCAACCUCUCUCAUAAGCUCAUUUACUGACAAGCUCUUUAUAAAAGCUCUUGAAAGAAGGACAAUACUAUCAUGUAAUAAUUUAGAAAAUGUUUUUUCUUCUUUUUUAUCAGAAGACUUCUUAAACUGAACAAUUUUUAUCCAGCCUUAGUUUUUAUCUUUACUUAUGCAGCUGGUUUCUUUGUGGCCAUUGUGUUUUUCAGAUCAAAACAAAAUUGUUGGAGGCAAGGAAAAAUUAUGCAGUCCCCUCUUUCACUUCCGAUUUCAUGCAUGCUUCUGAGAUCCUCAUUCAGAAAGGCACAGCAUAGCAGUUUUCAUCCACUAAAAUAGGUCUAAGUGGCAAAAUACAGUUGUGUUUGGAGAAACCUGACCCGGAAAGCCAUGUGUAGACAUAUUCUUGACCUGUCUUUGAACUUUAGUGACAUAAUCUUGCUUUCAGGAUCAUAUCUGUCCCCAUCCCAAAGCAUGCUGACAGCCUUAAACUGUUGAAGAACAGUGAUCAUUGUUUCAAAAUGUUUAGGGAGAUUUUAAGUCUAUGAAGUAUGUGUAGAUUUUAAUAACAUGAAUCCAAAAUCUGCAGUAAAGUUUUGUAUAAAUGGGAAUCCUUGUAGAGUAAGAAUCUGGCUUUUUUUUUUAAAUGCCUGCAAGGGAAAACAAAACAGGAAAGGUGUUCUGAUCAGGUGAGAUCAAAAUGUAGCCAAUCUGUGUUUGAAGCAAACCUACUGUGAUAAAUUCGUCUUUCAUUUUGCAAUUUCAUUAUGACAACACAUGAGGAACAAGGAACAGUUUCUAGGAGUCAGUCUAAACAAAAAACAAAUUUUCCAGAUAAGAAUAGAAAUUUCAUACAUUUUCUUGAGUAAAUUUCAAAAACAAAUGUCAAAGGGAAAAAAGUCUCUACAGCAGAAGUGUUUUAUAUCCAUUAAUGACUAAGACUGGAAAUCCACAUCUAUAGGUACAGUUUCCCAGCACACUUCUCUCAACAGUGGCAUUCUAAGUACUAGGUUUUGAUAGUUUUCUUCAUAAUAGUAUGUUAUUUGCCUCAUUCUUCUCUGUUACCUUUUAGGAAUUUUGUUUUCCCAAAUACUCGGUACCUCUCUUUGCAGGGGAUGCAUACCAUUGAACAGACAAGAAAGAAAAUGAGUUAAAGGCAUGUUACUUGUUCACAGAAUACUGGUCAAAAGUUUAUGCGUAACUUAUUAACCAUCAGGACUUAUUUAUAUACUAUUUUGAAAGGACAGAAUUUCUUUUUUUCCCCCACCAUCAGCUCCACGGUAUGUAGGUCUCAGUAUCCCCCUUGAUAAUGCUGCUUACAGCAUUUUGAAAUGCAGAGAUUGAUGGAACACUACAAAUGCAUUGAUAGCAUCACCUUUUUAUUGUUUGUAUUAUAUUUUCAUAAUCCAUCCAUACUUAUACCUUGAAGUACUGUUACCGUAGUGAAUGAUCACGGUAACUGCAUGGACAUUUCUGAAAGUUCAGUCGUCGUUUACUAUGGAUUUUUGCUGGUUUGGUCUUAUUAACAGGUUUACUGGUUUCACUGUUGUCAGGAUGGUGUUGACAUUUUGCUUUUCAUGUGGGCUUCUCUUUUAUUCAACUUUAGCGAACUUGACAUUUUCUAAAAACAGAAUGAUAUUUGAAAUUGUUUCACUUCCAUGUUUACUUCUGUGUUACCAUUCUAUGCAACUACAUAGCCAUUUUGUAUGUGUGGUUAAAAUAGCCUCCUAUUUGCCAAUGCCUUUUUAUUGUUUGCCUGCACACUCACCAGAAACUGAUUCAUUAACAAAC